AUGGGCUGUUGUGAGGCAACACAAAUAAAUCCACGACUUCUUUCCAGAAUUGAAAUUCCCUUCCUUCUCCCCCUUCGUGAGCGAACGAAAAAUCUUAUUCGCUCACGGAGGGGUUAUAUUUUUUGUUUGAAAUUAUAAAAAAUCCCACUUCACAGAAAUUGAAGGUAAAUAUUAAUUUAAUUUGUAAGAUUUAUGUUUUAGAACGCAAUAUUUUUAAAAUUAAACAGAAUUAGCUUGAGAAUUCAUUAUACUAACUAUUACUUAUAUAUAUCAAUUUUUUUUUUCUAUUAAAAAAUUUUUGUUCGCUCAGUUUUUGGGCAAAAAAUAGGGAUUUUUCUAUGGUUUUGUUCGCUCACGGAGGAGGUGACUUAGAAGAAAAAGCUAUUAAGAAGCAGGAAAGGGAGCUUGCAAUAUUUCAAAGAUCUGCAAAGGAGCUUAAAUAUACAUUUAAAACGAACAGUAAGAACGGCCUGAUCACCCUUCCCAUGCUUAAAAGAUCAAUAUACCAGCUUGGCCUAAAUUUUGAUGAGAUAUAUAAUAACUGUUCCCCAACUUAUAAACUUUUUCAGUCGCUUUCUAAUGAAGAAGGCUUCUAUAAUUCAAAUGAUAUUGAGCUUUGCGCAGUUUUGCUAGGAUCAGGAAGCGCUAAAGAUAAGCUUUUAAUCCUUUUUGAGCAUAUUGAUAAAUCUGCUGAUGGAGUUCUUUACAAAGAUGAAACCUGUAAAGUGCUCAAACAAAUGAUUGACUUAUCUCUUAAUAAAAUACCAACUUCUAUAAAUAGCGAAAACUAUUUAUCCUCUAUAGAACUAAAAGAGUAUAUUGAGUCCUUGCUGCUCCCCCCUCUGUGAGCGAAACAAAAAAAUUUGUUCGCUGGGUUAAUUUUUUUUUUAAAAAAAUUUAUAUAUGAAUUUUAUAAAAAAGUUUUUUUUUCGAAAUUUAAAAUAAUCCCACUUCUAUAAUAAUUAGAAAGCAAAUAUUAAUUUAAUUUGUAAAAUUUAUGUAUUAAAACGCAAUUUGUUCAAAAUUAAACAGAAUUAGCUUGAAAUUUCAUUAUACUAAUUAUCACUUAUAUAUCAAAUUUUUUCUAUUAAAAAAAUUUUUUAUUCGCUCACGGAGGGCGGGUUUUUGGGCAAAAAAUAGAGAGUUUUCUAAUGAUUUUGUUCGCUCACGGAGGGGGGAGAGUUAGUAAAAUCUGAGUCAAAGUUUCUUGAUAAAGUAUUUCAAAGUAUUUUUAAUAACGACAGCGAUGAAGUUUCCAUAGAAGAUUUAGAGAAGAUGCUCUGUGAGUAUCCCAAGCUUGAACGGCUAGUAUGGAGUUCAGGAAUUAGAAUUUCUUUAUACGAAGAGUCAAAUUUAUACUCUCAUCCAUUAAAAUUUUCUCUUGAGUAUUUUGAAGAAUGCGAUAAAAAAAGAAAUAGAAGUUUAGGUUGCGAAAAUGAUUUUUCAGCGCAAAACCCUAUCGAUAACCCAGUAAGCUACCAAACUUUUAGAAACCAAGCAAGAAAUAAAACUCAUGAUAUUUCUGACUUCAUUAUGAAAGAAAAAUCUAAUGCACUUGAGAAAAAUAUAAAUAUAAGUGAUGAUAUGAUUCCAAGCUCAGUUUUUAAAUAUUCUUUGACUGAUGCACCAGUUAAAUUCGAUAUUUCUGUUGUCAAGUUUUUCCAGCUUUUCCUUGCGGAUGAUGCUGAAGAAUUCCGGCUGAAAUAUCAUUCAGUUGCAGGCGAUACAAACCUAAAAGUAGGAAAAUGGAGCAAACCUCCUCCAGGUGUAUUUUCAGGAAUCCCAGGAGAUGGAUGGAACCACACGUCAACAAGGAAUGUUUCAUAUAUCCAUCCUCUUCAUGAUAGGAUUCCAAUGAUGCCUGCCAAAAGCGAAACCAAAGAAGAAUAUAAAAUUUACUUCUUGUCUAAAGAUGAACUUAUAUUGGAUGUCGUUUUAUGAAACCGUGAUGUUCCGUAUGGGAAUUAUUUCAGGUGUUGCAUGAGGUGGAUAAUAACUGGAGAUCCCACUUGCACUGUAGACAUAAGGUUUGGGGUCGAUUUCGUAAAAAAGACUAUUUUUAGAGGUAAAAUAGAAAAAACGUCUUUAGAGCAGUCGAGAAAAGCAAUUAACACACUGUGACUGCCAAUAGCAAUGAAAAUAAUUCAAGAAUCAUCAGGAAAGCCAUCAAAAUUUGCUGAAGAAAUUGUUAUGAAGCAUGAAAAGCCUGUCACUAUUAUAAAAGAAAAUAAAACUUGGCAUUUAUGGACUAUCAUUUUAGUUCUCUUACUUAUAAUUAUUUUCUUAUGGUAUCGUAUAGUUGGUCUAGAGAAUGAAUUUAGAUAUGCAAGAGAAGAUUUACUGUUAAAUAGAUAUGCAAACCUAACCAGUUUAAGCAAUAAAUAA